AUGCAUCGUCGUAUUUAUUGCGUUUCGAUAUGUGUUUUUUUAUUCAUUGCACAUCUCGGAUUAUGUUCCGAUGAUACAACUGCUAUUAUUUCAAUAUCUGAGGAGUAUAAUAAUGAUCUCAAUUCAGAAGAACAUGCACAUCCAAUGCCCCCAAUACCAGCACCAAUUGAAGCGACAACAAUAAUAGAUUCAGUUGCUGAGAACGUACCUGAAAAUAUUAUUGUAAAUGUCACAGACUCGACAACUACACUUACAACAGUGAUGAUAAUUAAUGAAAAACGGGAGAAACAAUUUCGUACCGAUUACUCGUUAAAUGGCAAUCUAUCGUCAUCAUCCUUAUCUGAUAUGAUCCUAAAUAGUUAUAUAAAUGAUUUAAUUACACUUGUUUUUAAAGAACAUGAAAUUCUAUUAGUUAAUAAAACUGAUGGAACAAUUAAACAUGUUUUUCAAUAUGCGCACAUUGUUCCAACCAAUCAAGAAAUACAUCCAUCAAAUUUUCUUGUUAUUUUCGAUGAAAAUACUCAAACACUUUGGACUUUCAAUUCUACUCAUCAACAAAAUACAAUCAUAUCAUUUAAACCGAAACAAAUCCAUAUAUUUCCAGAAGGAAAUAAUUCGUGGAUUGCUGAAACAUCGGAUGAAGUUGAUUUAUACAUUAGCCAAGAUUUCGGUAUUGCAUGGAAAGCAAUCAAUUCUAGUAGUAGUUCUGCAGUACUUGGCUGGGCAAACAAAGCAAAUGCCGUUGUUAUUGUUCAACAUUCACGUUACAUAAAAUUACUUGAUGUAACAACACAUCAAAUAACACCGAUUUUGAAUGAUGUAUCAUCGGCGAAACUUUUCUCGCGUUAUCUACUUGCAAAAACAACAGACGGUUCAAGUGUAAUUAGCCAUGUGAACAAUUUAGCUGAGGAAGGUUUUCGAUCGUUACCCAAACGAUUACAAUCUCAAGGCAAUUUUUAUUGUGCUAUUGAAGAUGUCAAUACUCAAGAUUUAUUACUUUUAUUUAUUACUGAUAACAAGUUACAAGAAAAUAAUGAAACAAGAGUACCAACAACAUGUAAGCUUAUGGGCUAUUCAAAACAAAAUCUAUUCAACUUGCCAAAUAUUAAUUGUGAAUCAAUAAACAUUGACAAUUCAUAUAAUACGAUCGAAUGCUCAACAAAACAAAUACCAUUUUAUCAGGUGCGUGGGUUACUGAAAACUGUUUUCUUAGCAAAUGUUGGACCCGAAGCAACUACAAUGGUUUCAUUUGAUGAUGGAGUUACGUGGAAUAAAACGCAUUAUGAAUGUGAUAAGAUGAUGAGUUGUCCGGAAAAUGCAUCAAUUCUAAUAAGCUCAUUAAUAUCUUCAAAUGAUGCACCAGGAAUUCUUGUCGGAAAAGCUUUCGAUGGUAUCAGUGAAUAUGUAGCAAUCUCAUCCAAUGGCGGGCGAUUAUGGCACUUAAGUUUCAAAGGUCAUGACUAUUUAACUGCUAUAUCAAAUCCAAAUGCUCUUAUUGUCACUAUACCAAAAACAAACCAUUCAUCGUUGGAUCAUUCUUUUCGAUAUUCAACUGAUUAUGGUCGUAAUUGGCAUCAUGGAAAAAUCUCAAAUGAUACCUCUUCUCAAAUAUUAUCUCUUAUUGCUGAUAAAAAUAAUAUGUUUUAUAUUUUAUCAUUAAAUACCAAAAAGAAAUUGAAUUUAAUUCAACUCGAUUUUAAUCUUCUUAUUGCUGAAAAAUGUGCUCAUCAUCAAUUAAAACAAUGGUCUCUACAUGGUAUUUGUAUAAAUGGUUCGAAAUUCUAUUAUAGACGGCGUACAUCUGGUUCACAUUGUCUUGAUGAUGCAUCACAAGUUCAAACUGAAUCAUGUUCAUGUUUAUUAACUGAUUUUGAAUGUUCACCUGGUUAUCGACGUUCAAAAGAUGGAAUAUGUUUACCAAAAUCUCAUUAUAUCUUAACGCAAGAUUGUUCUUGUCAUGACAAUAAUACUCUUGUAACAAAACGUCGUGGUUAUGUUAAACCAGAAAAUAAUCAUUGUAAUAAUGGUAUUGAAGAUUAUCUAUCCGAUGCUUUUAUAACACGUCGCGAUCCAAAUCAACCGAAUUUUUUUGUUUAUGGUACAAACUCACGUACAAACCGUACAAUCGCUGAAAUACAUUCAAAUGAUUUUGACCAAGAACAAGAUGAUGAUGAAGACGACGAAGACGAUGAAGUUUUAACAAAAAAUGCUAAUUGGUCUGUCGAGGAAGCAUAUGAAAUAACAGCACUUGUUUUUGAUGAAAAUAGUAAACAAGUCUAUAUGGCUGUUGAACAUGAUCAAUCAUCAAUUAUAUAUCGCAUAGGAAAAAAUCUUCGUCAAAAAACUCGUACUAAUAAAAAAUUAACAUUUGAUUCAAAUAAUGAAUUGUAUAAAGGUGUCGAUGAACGUAUUGAAUAUUUAACUAUUGACGGUUUAACACAGAAUCUAUAUAUUCUUAUUCGUAAUAAAAAGACGCUUCAACAAAAAAUUAGUAUUCUGAAUAUUCGAACACAUAAAAAACGCACAAUUGUUAAAAAUCAACAUAUUCAACCGUCGAUACUUAUUGUUGAUCCAAUAAAAACAAAUCUUUAUUGGAUUUCGCAUGACUCACCAUCGAAAUUGAAUAUAGGAAAUCUUCAAGGACAAAUUAAAAAACAAAUUCAAUUAUUAUCAACAGAUUCAAAUAUAAGUUAUAUGUCAUAUGAUCCAAUAACACAUGCAAUCGUAUUUGUUAGUCAGUCAACUAUCUAUGGAUUAAAUACACUUGACUAUCAUAAUAAAAAUCAUUUAUCAUCAAGAAUCAUCUAUGAACAUUCGUCAAUCAUUCAAAAUGCUUUAUUUAUUCAUCCAAUUCUUUAUUUUACACAGGAAAAUAAUGAUUCUGAAGCAUCACCGGUUCGUUUACAUUCUAUUGAUAUAUUAGCAAAAAGUUAUGCGAAAAAUAUGGCGAAGUUUAAAAAUGUCAAUUCAUUAAAAUUAUUCGUUGAUAUGGCUCCCAUUUUACCAUUAGGUUCAACAUCAAUAACGAAUCCAUGUAUAAAUAGUCCUUGUUCUGAUUUAUGUAUUCCACUCGAACAUGGACGAUUUCGUUGUCUAUGUAACGAUGAUGCACGUUAUCAAUCAUGCUCGUGUCCAAGUGAUGAAAAAUUCAUUGCAGGUGCUUGUCAAGCUAAAAAUGAGCAAUGCGCACCUGGUCGAGUUCUCUGUCAAAACCGUAUACAUUGUGCUGAAUCAGCUCGAAUCUGUGAACAAGAUCAUACACAAUAUACAGAAGCAUUCAAAGCUACAGCACGUUGUACAAUUGAUAAACCAAAUGAUGGUUUUGAUUGCCAUUAUACAGGUAUUGAGAUAAAUAAUUCGAAUCGUACAUGUAUACCAAUUGAAUGGCUUUGCGAUGGUGCUUAUGAUUGUCCGUAUGGUAACGAUGAAGAUCAUUGUCAUAAAAUGACAACAACAAUGAAACCAGCGAUGAGAAUACCAAGUCGAUGUUUAACUGACAAGAAAUUUACUCAUGUAAUGUGUGAUCAUAAAUGUAUAAAAAUUAAUGAUCUUUGUCAAAAUGUAUCCAAUGGAUUAUUAUGUUCGGAUCAAUUUCAUCUCAAUUGUAAACAAACACAAGAGAAAAACGAAUAUGUUUGUAAAUGUUCUGAUGAUCGAAAUCAUUGUAUCGGAAUGAUUGAACAUUGUGAUGAAUACGAACAUUGUGAACGAAUAUGUAAAGAUUCAAUUCAUUAUGCUACUUCAAAAUUAAAUAAAUUUGAUGAACCAUCGUCAAUAGUAUGGAUGAUACUUAUUAUUAUCAUUCUUAUGGUUCUUGUCAUCGCCAUUGUUCUCAUUACUCUUCGCUAUUUGAGUCGACGAAAAAAUUCAAAAAAGAAUCCAACACAAACACGUACUCGAACAGAACCAGCAACAACAACAAAUCAUACUUCAUCAAACGAUGCUCAUGAACAGUUACUCAGCCAAGCUCAUACAACCAACAAAACAAGCUAA